AUUUUACCCACAAAGGUGGAGCCGUGAAUAAUCUUUGCCUCCCGGAGAACCCAGAAUGGGGAAACUACGAUGAUAAGGAGAACAGUGACAGUGCCUUGGUGUUUGGUGGGGAGUAUCAGCUUGACAACAGGUACUCAUUUUUCGACGAUGCAGAUGUUGGUUAUAUCCAUCAGCAAGACGUUCCAUGUGCAGUAUGCAAGACAAAGAGGUCAUCUUUGAUGAUGAUUCCGGCGAGAACAAAUUGCUUCGAUGGAUGGACGAAAGAGUAUGAUGGUUACUUGGCAGCGGAAACGAAAAGCAUUCGUGAACCUUGCAUUGCGUCGUCGAGCAACGUAAGCUGGAAUGCAACUGCAGAUAUUGCUGUUGAAGGUGACACCCACACAAUCUAUUUCACCGGGAAAUCCUGCACACACACACACACUGCGGGCGACCACUAUUCAAGGUGGGCAGUGGAUCUUGAAAAGGACUUUCAUACCAAGAACGUUAAAAUACAUGAACGGGACGAUGCUGGAGCAGACGGUAAUACCAGUAUAUCGACAUUGUGUCAAUUAGCAAUACACAUAUAUUAUCCAUAUUGUUUUUAUUUCAUCUUGUAAUUAUAUAUGAAAUCCAUAUGUUGUGUAUAUUAAAAUUACAUUUUCCAUAACUGCACAUAUAUGCAUAAAAAGUUAAAGAGUUAAUGUUUGGCAAUGUUUGACAUAAAGAGGAAAUCCGACAUUUAUUAAUCAAAACAUUUGAAUGUGUAUGUCAUAUAUCUUCGGUAUAUUGAGACGCUUUGUGGUUUUCGUUCAGUGAAUUUUAGGCCUUUUUCUUGUACCCUUAAAUAAAGAUUUUUGCCAUUGUUUGGCAACUAGAUUGGUUCCUAACGUUUUCAUGUUUCAUUAAGCAAACUUUCUUAUUAAAGUACUUAUGGUCCGCAUACAGCCAUUACCAGCAAAUAAAUGAAUCAAACCAAAGCAACAGUGCUAACUCAUCCGAUAAGCGAUACAAUUUCGCACAGACAAUCUUCGAACCGACUCAUCUUGACAAAGGUUAAACAAAUAUAUUUAUUAUACAACAGCGACAAAACAAAUCUUACCCUGUGACGAAUUUCGUAGACAUUCAUAGUAAUAUGAAGAUCAAAACCCGAAGUGAUAAGCAAAUGAGUAGAUUGAAAAGAACGCGCCUGUUAUUAAUUUAAAACCUUGACCAAAUCAUAUGAAUUGAUUUAU